AGCGCUAACUAGGAAGCGGUCAGACAAAUGGCGUCUUCAUAACACAUCGGUCUCAUCAGCUGAUUCUCCCAAACUGCGUGGAGACCUGCGGUUAUUCAGGUGCUUCUCCGUGAGAUGAAGACCUCUCAGGGCGGAUGGUUCCUGGCUGAAGUCUGGCCAUAAUGUUGUACAUUUAAAGCCUAUGGAGCUUCAUGGUGCUCACAUUGCACAGGAAGCUAACCAGCGCUAGUGCACUAAAGAUAGCAGGCUACUGUUAGCUGCUCCACAUCCUUUGGCAGUAAUCUGUUGUCUGAGGAUAACACACACACAGAGAGAGAGAGAGAGAGAGAGAGAGACAGUUUGUAGCUUCUGAAGCUAGGACUAACUCGGACCAUAUCUCUGAAGCUAAGCACCAGUCAUUUGAUAUUCGGAGAACUGUAAGACAUCAGUCCUUGAGGUGACGCUCGAGAUGUAAUCGCUCCACAUCAGAACUACUUGUGAGUCAUGAGUCAGACUUGAAACCGUGCUGCCUUUUACUAAAUUACUGUGUCUGUGAUUAGGACUGAAGGAAACGUCUGGAACCAUGACGACGGCUCGCUAUAGGCCCACCUGGGACCUGGCUCUGGACCCACUGGUGUCCUGCAAGCUGUGUCUAGGAGAGUUCCCCCUGGAGCAGAUGACCACCAUCACACAGUGCCAGUGUGUGUUCUGUACACUGUGCCUGAAGCAAUACGUAGAGCUUCUCAUUAAGGAGGGCCUUGAAACUGCUAUUAGCUGUCCGGAUUCUGCCUGUCCAAAACGAGGACAUUUACAAGAAAAUGAGAUUGAGUGCAUGGUGGCGUCAGAGAUAAUGCAGAGAUACAGGAAGCUGCAAUUUGAAAAAGAGGUGCUCUUGGACCCGUGCCGGACAUGGUGCCCGUCAUCAUCGUGCCAGGCCGUGUGCCAGCUGAAGGAGGCGGACUCCGCCCGGCCGCAGCUGGUACGCUGUGGUAACUGCACUCUGGAAUUCUGCUCAGCCUGCAAGGCCAGCUGGCACCCAGGCCAGGAGUGUCAGGAGAACCCACCCAUCACCGCCUUUCUGCCAGGCGAAAGCAGUUCUUUCUUCAAGAGCGACGAUGACGAUGCUCCGAUCAAGCGCUGUCCCAAAUGUAAGGUUUACAUCGAGCGAGACGAAGGAUGUGCCCAGAUGAUGUGCAAGAACUGCAAGCAUGCUUUCUGCUGGUACUGCCUGGAGUCUCUGGACGACGACUUCCUCCUGAUCCAUUACGAUAAAGGACCCUGCCGCAACAAGCUGGGCCACUCCAGAGCCUCUGUGAUUUGGCACAGAACACAGGUCAUCGGUAUCUUUGCUGGUUUCGGCCUGCUCCUGCUAGUAGCCUCUCCGUUCCUGCUGCUGGCCACACCGUUCGUGCUGUGCUGCAAGUGUAAGUGCAGCAAAGGGGACGACGACCCCUUACCAACUUAACGGACGCCACGGCUGCCAUCUCUUUUUGUUUUCUUUUUUUCCUCUCCCCCCACACACUCCGGCUUGGAGCUCUUGGAGUGCAUUUGAAGCCGCGCUGCGACCCAUCUCACGCCACAACUUGGCUCAAUUCCAGGAGACAGGUAGCAGAUAGUGGGCACGCUGGCAUGAUGGCACCAGGCAAGACCUUACACAUGUGCUGGAUGUAACACAGUACAUGAGAGCGGUGGGGUUGCCAAGCGUGCACUCUCGGGGUGUUCUGAUUCUUAGGGGACGUGACUUGUUUAGCUUGAUGCCUGUUCUAGCCGGGGGUUUUGGGAUUAUAGUGGUUCUGCUUGUGGAGAGCUCAUUAAUGAAAUACAUACUCACACUGCACUUCAUGUAGCUCUGUGUGUGUAUAGUAGCACUUGGGUCACUCAACACCAGGUUUCUCACGUGGACACAUAAGGGGCUCUUUGGUCACUUUACAGCCUGCUGUGUGAGUAGGGUCUUUAAUCAAAUGUACAGCAUGGUGUUUACUUUUUAACCCUUUUUUUUUUUUUUUUUUUUUUUAAUCACAUGGUCAUGUGUUCUUGUUGUUAAUGCAAUGAUUAACUCACAUCAGCAUUGCUGCUAUUAGCAGGAGGUUCUGUUACAUACCAUUACUAAACUUCUUGCUAGCUGACUUUUUUUUUUUCUUUUUCCUUUACUUUCGUCUCCUUGUAUCAGGUUAGGUUUUCUUACAGCAUGUGAAAUUCUUCACAAAGCACUUUACAAAUUUGACCGAAGCAUGUUAGUAAAACGGCCCAAGUUCCAAGCACCAAAAAUAUUUUUAAGAUGACAGACGUUCAAACCUUCCCUUAAACAGAUCCCUUUAAUAGAACAGUGCAACCAGUGCCACUUGCAUGUGCAUUUCGUUCGUGUGACUUGAAAGAGAAAAUCCACAUAAAAAAAAAAUAAAAACAGUCAUCGUGGCAGGGAUUCUAAACUCAAGACUGUUUUAGAUUUAUUCUAAUUUAGGUCUUAUCUAUGCAAGUUUGGAAACUUGGAGAUGUGGUUUGUGCGGUCUGUUUGUCCUGCAGGCGAAACAGCACCUCCGACAGGACACCAGGACGUGUUGCAGACGUGAAUGUUACAGAUGAGGGCCGGGGUCACCUUCCUAUUAAACACUUUGAAGCCUGUAUCAAUUAGAAACUUAUUAUAAUUUCUAAGAAAAUUGUCAUGCACUUACAGGGGGGCAUGUGUAGUCAAGCUCUUAUGCCACGUCAUUUAUUAACAAAAAAUAAAUAAAACUGAAUUCAUCACAUCAAGGAUAUGAGAAUGUGUUAAUGUAGCUGGACAGUAUGUAGUUCGCUCGAGCCGUGUGGAUCUUUUGUUUCUGUGUUCACCGAGUAAAGGUGCCAUAUUAAGAGAAUAAUAUAACAAAGCAUCUGUUUUUGUUUUUUUGCAGUAGUAAAUCUUUUUCCACGUUGUUAAUUGGUUAAUGUCGUUCUUGAGUAGCGAUCAGCAUUAAGAUCAUUUUAGCCUUAAGUUCUGAGUACCUCACUAACUCCCUCACUCUUGUAGCUUUGUUUUCUGUCAUUUAUUCUCAGGUCUACCUGAAUGAAGCAGUUUGUCACUGAUAUUUUUUUAAAUUUUUCGAUGUAGAUAUGUUUUCAGGGCCAUCCACAGAUGACAUUUGUGCCAAGCAGCUUUUAAAAAGGGAAGAGUUCUUGACACGCAAAUAUGUGCUUUGUAUAUUUUGGCCCCCUUGUUCUGUGAUCCAAAUUUUUCAUCUGGCUGACUCAGCAUGUCUUCGUUUUAUUAUGGAUUUGCGCACACACACACACACACACACACACACUGCAAAAAGAUGAGCGUCUUAGCAACUGAGAAUUUCUUGAAUAUAUCAGAUUAGUAUGUGACUAGUUUUUUAUAUUCGAAGAUUACACUCAGCAAAUGAUAUGAAUAUUGAAUAAUUUUCUAGACAAUUUUACUCAUUUCAAUCUUGAUGUAGUCUUGUUUGACUGGCAGAUAUUUAUUUAAAUUGUAAGCAUUUAUUUCUAGAAAGUUUAAAGAAAUUUUACAAGCUUUAAAUUCAUAGAAGUGUCUAAGAACAGGCUGAACAUGUAAUUUAUAAUAAUCUCAUUAUAAGAAAUGUUAAGAGAUUUUUGCUUGCUAAGAUGCUUUUUUUUUUUUUUUUUGUAGUACUUCUAAUUUUUUUUUUAAAUCCUAUACAAUUCAGGGAUUUUAUUUGAGUUCACUGACUACACUGAGGAACAUUAGCCAAAUGACUAGAUUUAUUUGGUUAAAUGUUCAUCUUACUUCAUCACUUUAAUACCUACAAUAUUCUAGCUGCCGGUUUCCCCCACACAGGCAACAAUUAUGGCUCUUGCCCAGAUAUAUACAUGUAUAUUAUUUGUUCAGCAAUGUGAUGUCUCUCUUGGAGAGAGUUUCUUUUGUACAGUUUUACAGUUAUGGUUCUCUUUUUACUGCAUGCCUAUAGCUCUUUUUGUAGCUAGUUUGUUUGUGAGAUUUUUGUGUCUUAACUCUCCAGCUUUGCCUAUUCCAGACAUUUGUCCACCCCUUACACUUGCUUUAUAAGGAGAGAAUGUAUGACCAUUGUUAUGUAAUUUCGGGGGUCUUUGGCAGUGUUGUAACCUUGCUCCAGAAACUGCUAUUAGAUGACCUUCCUUUAACGUGUAAUUUUGUUUGAUUUUGAUACAUCAUAGAAAUAAAUAUUAAUUGUAUUUUCUGAAUAUCAUCCAAAAAAAAAAUAAA